AUGAGUAAAUUGGGGUUCCCUCCUCAGUGGUGUCGGUGGAUCUACAGAAUUCUCUCGACAGCUCGAUCCUCGGUUCUUGUCAAUGGCUCUCCUACAUUUGAGUUCCAAUGUUUUAAAGGUAUGAGACAAGGUGAUCUAAUGAGGAAAGCUAGUUCGGUGGGUGCCAUAAGGGGUUUCGUCUUGCCUAACGAUGGGCCGACUCUAACUCACUUAUUAUAUGUGGACGAUUGCGUGAUUAUGGGAGAAUGGGGGCAUAAUAAUAUAAGAAAUGUUGCUCGGCUGCUUAGAUGCAUUUAUAUGGUCUCUAGCCUCAAAAUCAAUCUUAACAAGUCAGAACUGAUUGGUUUGGGCAUGAAUCCGGCUGAUGUUGCUGAUAUGGCUUUGGUUCUCAAUUGUAAGGUGGGAGAUCCUGUUUGUUCAUCUUGGGGUUUGGUGGGAGCUAAAAUGAAUAGAAUUAUUAAUUGGAAAUCGGUUUUUGACACCUUCAAGGCUCGGUUGGCUCUAUGGAAAUCUUCUUUGCUAUCCAUUAGAGGGAGAGUUACUCUUAUUAAAUCGGUUCUUAAAGCAUCCCGAAUUACUUUCUUUCGUUGUUCAAAGCGCCAGUUGGGGUGA